AUGUCUCUGCCCAAAACCAUUCAAGAUUCCUCGAGGAGAAAAUCCAUCGCAAAGUUAACGAGAUCCCCAUUAUCCAAUUCUCCAAUUACUUCAAGAUCUCCUAGCAAGUUCUCAAAUUCUAUAGGGAGUAAUGUUCCAUUUUUAAAGAAAGAUGAGUCAGGAAAUGAGGCCGAUUCAGCAUCACAUACAUCUACUUCAUCUAACUUAAUUGAAGAAGGUGCCCAGACGGUGGACUACCCUUAUAGUGCCACUGAUCCGAAGGUUAUUCAACAGGUCAGCAAACACUUGCCCCAUGAAGAUUCAUUACAGUUAGAGGGAGGAGAUAUAACGAGAGAUUUAUAUAGAUUGGGUCAAGAUCGCCGCCUGCUUAGACGCUCUAGAAGUUUGUCGUCUACAGACUGGGAGCAGGGGAGACGUGGCUCUACUGCUAGCUCUCUCAAUGUUCCUGGUGGUUUCAGAAGAAGUUUCGUGAGAAAUAAAUAUCAAAAUAGAAAUCCAAAUAUUCUUACUAAGAACUUUGUUGAAUUCUUGAGUAUUUAUGGACAUUUUGCAGGUGAGGAUUUAGAAGAUGAUGAUGAUAUCGCUUGCCACUACAAGCCAGUAUUUGAUGAUGAAACGUUGCCGUUAUAUAACAGGUCUCAUGGAACUGCCACCAAUACUAAAGCUUAUUUUUUAUUGCUAAAGGCUUUUGUUGGAACUGGGGUAUUGUUUUUGCCUAAAGCAUUUUCCAAUGGUGGUUUAAUUUUUUCAGUUGUGGUCUUACUCGUAUUUGGAUUCUUGUCUUAUUGGUGCUAUUUAGUUUUGGCUUACUCAAAAAUGGCAACCAGAGUGUCCAGCUUUGGUGAUAUAGGUCUCAAGCUUUAUGGAAAGUGGUUACAAAGGCUUAUACUAUCAUCAAUCGUCAUUUCACAAAUUGGUUUUGUUGCUGCGUAUAUUGUGUUCACGUCAGAAAAUUUGAGGGCAUUUUUUAUAAACGCAUUUAAUUACAAGCAUGAUGCAAAUUGGUACAUUUUUUGGCAAGUCAUUAUACUUUUGCCGUUGUCUUUAAUCAGAGAUAUUACGAAGCUUUCCUUACUGGCUCUUUUGGCCAACUUAUUCAUCUUUAUUGGUUUAAUUACAAUUAUCUAUUAUAUAAUUGGUGAUCUUUUGGAAUUGCGGUCUUUAGGAGAUGGAAUUAAUGUUGUUUUCAAUAAUAAGGACUUUUCGUUAUUUAUUGGAACAGCAAUUUUUGCAUUUGAGGGUAUAGGAUUAAUUAUACCAAUUCAGGACUCAAUGGUAAAUCCCAAAGAUUUUCCUAAGGUCUUGUUUCAAGUGAUUGUCACCAUAUCUGUCAUAUUUAUCGCGAUAGGGGCUUUAGGGUACAUGACAUACGGGGAUAAGAUAGAGACUGUCAUUAUCUUGAACUUGCCACAGGACUCAAUAUUUGUCAGUAUCAUUCAGCUUUUAUAUUCGUUUGCUAUUCUCUUGUCUAGCCCGAUUCAAUUAUUUCCGGCUAUCAGAUUGAUUGAAUCUAAGCUUUUCAAUGAAACAGGAAAAUUUUCACUUAAAGUUAAGUGGACAAAAAACCUCUUUAGGUUUUUCUUUGUCAUUUCGACGGCCAUGAUCGCUAUAGUAGGGGGGCAAAAUUUAGAUAAAUUUGUAUCGUUUGUCGGAUGUUUUGCUUGCAUUCCCUUGGUUUACAUGUAUCCCCCAAUUUUACAUCUUAAGAGCUGCUGUCAACCUGACCAGAAAUUGACAACUUAUGAGAACAGGAAAAGGUUUUGGCUAGGGAUAUUGGAUUAUUUCUUGGUCUUGAUUGGAGGCGUUUCAAUGGUCUACACGACAUAUAAUAUCAUAACAAGUUAG